AUGACGAGUGUAAGAAAAGUCAGUAAAAUAUCCAGUGGUACACCAACAGUAGAUGGAGGCGGAGUUAGUUUGUUAAGAGUAAUCGGUCAAAACAAUCGAUUGGAUCCAUUUUUAAUGUUGGAUGAGUUCAGAAGCGACAACCCAGAUGAUUAUAUCGAAGGAUUUCCUUCACAUCCACAUAGAGGAUUUGAAACAGUAACUUAUAUGUUGGCAGGAAUAAUGGAACAUCAAGAUCAUAAAGGUAAUAAGGGUUUGUUGACACCUGGUUCAAUCCAAUGGAUGACAGCGGGUCGUGGUAUCAUUCAUUCUGAGAUGCCAAAGCAAGAGAAUGGCCUCAUGCAAGGUUUUCAACUUUGGAUUAACGCAAGUAUAGGAUAUUAUUAUAAAAUAACAUUUAAACCUCGCUACCAAGAUAUUCCACCCGAGAGAAUCCCGGUGGUCUCCGAAGUCAAUGGUUCCAAAGUAAAGGUGCUCGCUGGAAAAUAUAAAGAUGUAACCGGACCGGUCUCUGGCAUUGAAACCGAACCAAUUUAUCUAGACGUUGAACUCGUACCUGGAUCUACCUUCUCCGAAGAGAUUCCAGUUGGUCAUUCCGCAUUUGUCUAUGUUUUCAAAGGUUCCUGUAAAUUUGGACCAUCGCAACAACAGCGAGAAGUCGGACAGUCUAACAUGGCAGUAUUGGAUGGCGGUGCUGGCGAAACCUCAAUGGAAGCAUUCUCAGAGAAAGGCUGUCGUUUCCUACUGGUCAGUGCAAAACCAAUCAAUGAACCAAUCGAACAAUACGGUCCAUUCGUAAUGAACACGAAACAAGAGUUAAUGCAAGCAUUCGAUGAUUAUCAAAAUGGAAGAUUUUAA